AUGGCAUGCAAAGAGCCUCGUGUCCUCGCCCUAAAGGGUACGCAGACAAGGUCGACUGAAGGAAUCAGCUCCAUAAAUGCUUGGCUCACUCUAGCCACAUCAUCCAAAAGACUCCCACCAGAACUACUAGCCACGACUGGUUUGGGACGCCUUGAGCUAGAGCCUUCCACACCCCCAAGAAAAGGUCUACGAUGCACUGGACCCACCUCGGAAUUAAGGGACACAACUCCGAUUGUGGCCUCUCCAGUAGUCGGCAAGGUCAGGGCCUGGGCUUGA